AUGAGCCGGAACUUGAAGCGUUUAUAUCGCCCUCCGACUGAUCUAGAAAAAUACGACAAUGAAGAAUACUCGAAAAAUCCUUUGUUGAAGUACAAUAUCUGUGAAAUAAAAGAAAGACGACAUUACACGUUCCUGCACCGAAAGGCAACUAAUGACAAAGUGAAGCUAUGCGGGAAGCCGGAAGUUGAUUUGAAUCCUGUUCUCCCAAUGAGGCAGUCCCAUUACGUGGACAAGCUCCGUGAAUAUGCCAGCAAAAUUCCAGUUCCGCGAAUGCUGUACCAAACGGAAAAUAAAAUUUUAGAUUUCGUUCCGAAACGGCUCAGGGACAUGUACCCGAAUAUUGUGAAGGAGUACAUGACUGAAGUGCAUGGAGAAUUUGACCAGAUUAUCAAGAGUUACAGUUUGCGCAAGAUUUUGGUUGAGCCGGAAGGGCACUCUGAAAAAACGACGGACAGAUGCGAAAAUGAGAGGCAGCCCCAUGGACACGUUAGUAGCUCUGUGAAGCGAAAAGGGAAAACAUCGAACUAUCCCAAUUAUUUGAGGAAUCGGGAAAAGCUGAAGAGACAGUUCGUCCUGAAUCAUGUAUUCGUUCGCGCAAUACUAAAGAACUUUGAACUAGACUUUCCCCAAGUGUUAUGCGAUUAUGGUAUGUAUGACGUGAAGGAGAAGUUAGAAAAGCCGAUGUUGGUUCGCAAGUACACCAGGACCGUCACAAAGCUUCUGAACGAUAAAACCGAAUUCAUACGCAGAACAUGGUAUCCGAAGCUUAUGAAUAUUCUGAGGAAGAACUUCAAGAAGCAUGCAUUGACUUUGACGCAGUGGAGGAAAGUUUUGAAAACGUCCAAGGGGUUGAUUAACAGACAAUUCAAUGUGGUAAAAAUGAGAACAAUCGAGGAUUUGAUUGAGAUCGUUCUGGACCGGGAACGGAUUCCUAUGUUCACAUUCGAGUUGAUGUGCGGCCCUGAUGGAAUAAUUCUUGAGCCAAGUUAUAAAGCGGUGCAGAACUGCUUCGCUAAUAUCAUUGACGAGAUAGCGGAUGUGGGGAGGCAGCUGGAAACGCCUGAACUACAACUGGAUAGGUUUUCGUUCCCCACAACCGAAAGUGAGUUGCACAUCAAUUUGAACAGGAAAUAUGUAGACGAAAUGAAGGAUCGCCUCUUUGCUUGUUUGGAGGUGACCUAUACGCCUGUCCUGCGAUAUGUUGAGGAUAUGCAGGACAGAUACUAUGAGCUGUAUAGUGAAGAGACUACCAACGACCUUCUAGUCUUCCUCAGCGAGCCUAGAGAACUUCGAGAAUAUUUUGAUAGAAUAAACUCCUAUUACGGCUUCAUCUCCAUGCUACGAAGUGAAGUCAACAUGGAAUACUUUGACACUGCUAUUAUCAUAAAAGCUAAAGCUAUAGCGAGGCUUCGUGAAAUUGUCGACUCAUUAAUUGAGGUAGUCACAAAGCAAGUUGUACUUGAGCAUAUGAAGGAGCAAGAAGAAAUUUGCGGUAUUUUCGAGGAAAUCAGGGCGAAAGCCUUGGAAGUUCCCAGGUCAACAGAGCAACUUCUCGAAGGUGGUCAAUAUGUUUUGAAAAUAAAGACAGUGGAUAUGCAUGAACUGCAUGAACGCGUUGAAAAAAGUUUGAAGAUUGGUACCGAGCUUUUUGAGUUGACAGAGUUGAGUCCAGAACAUAUAGAGCUUCAACGGAAUACCAUAAAUUGGUUGGAGGAGAUCAAGCUCGUGUUUGAACAAAAUGCGACCAUGCAUGAAACAUAUAAAUUUCAUUUUGAAGAACAUCUGAGCCAUGUGUCGCGGAAGCUGAGAACUGACAUUGCUGAAAUGAUUCCAAUGAUGACUGUUGUCAAUGAUAUGAGUGAGCCAGAGAAGUUUCGGGAAUACUUUAUUCUGCUGCAAAACUUUAUUGAUCAGUUGAUCACGUUUGACGAUUAUGUUGCGUGGAUUAAUAAGGAAGAAAAGCUAUUUCAGUUUCCGAAAUCAGAGUACCACGAUUUGGAGGUCUUGAAAGAGUUUGUUGUUCCAUUUGCCGCAUUGAUGAAGUUGUGCAUCAGGUGGCUGCGAUACUAUUAUGUUUGGAUGGAUGGACCUUUUGAGUAUUUAGAGCCUAAAUUUGUUGAGGAAACCACCGAUGAAUUUUUCAACGAAUUCCUCAAAACACAGAAGUACUAUCGCAAUAAAAUCAAACAGGAUAUGAUAGCGAAUCCUAUUUGUACAUUUAGGGGUAAAACAGAAGAUCCUGAUCCCGAAAAUCACCCAGUCCCAAUAAAACUCUGCACUAAAAUGAUUCAAUGGAUCAAAGACUUCCGAUUGGGGGUUUUCAUUGUAGGUAUCAUGUGUAAUCCGGCAUUGAGACCACGACACUGGAAGGAGAUGUCUGAAGUAGUCGGUUUUGAUAUAACCCCGGACGCCGGGACAACGCUAAGGAAGAUAAUUGAUUUUGAACUAGAUGAAAAACUGGACAGUUUAGAGAUCAUAAGUGCUGGUGCUAACAAAGAACUGCAGCUGCAGAUCAACUUGAAAGUUAUGAUUCAAGAAUGGUCUAAUGUGGAGUUUCCAAUGGGUCCUUACAAAGAUACAGGAAUUACUAUUCUCUCCAGCUUGGAUGAUGUUCAGGCACUUCUGGAUGAUCACCUUAUUAAGACUCUUUCAAUGCGGGGCUCUGCGUUUGUGAAGCCUUGCGAAGCCGAGGUUAAGGCUUGGUAUGAGAAGCUCACUAGAGUUAAUAAAACAUUUGAAGAGUGGGGAAAAGUUCAAUCUAACUUCUUGUAUUUACUGCCGAUCUUUUCAUCGAAGGAUAUUGUCGCCCAGAUGCCUGAAGAAGGGAGACUCUUCGUACAAGUUGAACAAACUUAUCGGAGAUAUAUGACUAUGAUCGUACGCCAACCGAAUGUAAUGGAAACGGCUCCUUCUCCUGGACUUCUAGAAGCUCUAGAGGUUGCCAAUAAAAUGCUGGAUGAUAUAACGAACGGCGUCAAUAAUUACCUGGAGAAAAAGAGGUUGUAUUUCGCAAGAUUUUUCUUCCUCUCAAACGACGAGAUGCUGGAAAUCCUCUCUGAAACUAAAAAUCCUUUAAGAGUGCAGCCUCAUUUAAGUAAAUGUUUUGAAGGCAUCUAUAGAUUAGAUUUUGAUGACAACCUGAACGUACUUGCUAUGAAUAGCAUGGACGGAGAGAAAAUUGCAUUUGUUACGAUGGUUUCCACAGCCGAAGCCGGCGGAAGUGUCGAGAAGUGGCUUUUGGGGGUUGAAACUGAAAUGCUCAUUGCAGUACAAAACGAGAUCACUUUAAGCUACUUGCAGUAUAUUGAGAAGAAGAGGAGUCAAUGGGUCUUGGAUUGGGCUCAAAUGGUUGUGCUUUGCGUUUCGCAGGUAUUCUGGGCGGCUGAUGUUCAUAACAGCUUGGAGACGAGAAACCAGAGUCUCAUUCGCAACUUCUUUGAUGACCUUACCAACAAUUUAAAUGAGAUUGUCGCUUUGAUUCGCUCGAAGGAUAUAACGAAUUUGAACAGGAUUACCAUCAAGUCGCUCAUAGUAAUUGAUGUUCACGCGAGGGAUGUAGUUGAGAAUUUGAUAGAGGAGAAAGUACAUUCCGAAGCAGAUUUCCGUUGGUUAGCUCAGUUGCGAUAUUAUUUCGAAGGUGGCAAGGCGCUAGUCAGGAUUAUUAAUGCAACUGUGGACUAUGCAAACGAAUAUUUAGGGAAUUCUGAUCGGUUAGUGAUUACGCCUUUGACCGAUCGUUGCUAUCGCACACUUAUAGGAGCAUACCAGCUUCACUUAAACGGUGCUCCUGAAGGUCCCGCCGGUACAGGUAAAACUGAAACUACUAAGGAUUUGGCGAAAGCAUUAGCAGUCCAGUGCAAAGUAUUCAACUGUUCAGAUGGUCUCGACUAUAAAGCCAUGGGAAAGUUUUUCAAAGGGCUGGCCUGUUGUGGAGCGUGGGCUUGCUUUGAUGAAUUCAACCGACUUGAAUUGGAGGUGUUAUCUGUAGUAGCGCAACAGAUCCUUUCUAUUAUUCAAGCCGUGCGAGCGGGAGUUUCCAAGUUUGUCUUUGAGGGGACCGAAUUAAAUUUGAAUCCUGCAUGCUAUGUGUGCAUCACUAUGAACCCUGGUUAUGCUGGAAGAUCAGAGUUACCAGAUAACCUGAAAGUCCUUUUUCGAAGUGUAGCAAUGAUGGUUCCGGAUUAUGCUAUGAUCGGUGAAAUAUCAUUGUAUUCGUAUGGAUUUGUUAAUGCAAGAUUGCUUUCUGUGAAAAUUGUCACCACUUAUCGGCUAUGCUCAGAACAACUAUCCUCCCAAAAUCACUACGAUUACGGAAUGAGGGCUGUAAAAACGGUGCUAUCUGCUUGUGGAAAUAUAAAGAAAGCCUUUCCAGAUGAAAAUGAAGAAAUCCUAUUAUUGCGCUCUCUUCUCGAUGUGAAUCUUCCGAAAUUCCUAUCGUUUGAUAUUCCUCUGUUCGAAGGUAUAAUCUCAGAUUUGUUCCCAGGAGUAAUCCUUCCGAAACCGGAUUAUGCCCUCAUUACCAAAGCAUUCAACGAGGUUUGUGAAGAGAUGAAUUUGCAGCCGAAGGAGUGCUUCCUGACGAAGGUUAUUCAAACGUUCGAGAUGAUGAUCGUUCGGCAUGGAUUUAUGAUGGUUGGUGAACCAAUGGCCGGAAAAUCAUGUACACUGAAAGCCUUGGGCAGAAUUUUGGGUAAACUGAAGGAAGUGGGAGGGAAUCCUUAUUUUCAAAAUGUCCAAAUGGGAAUUGUGAAUCCGAAAUCGAUUACUAUGGGCCAGUUAUAUGGUGCCUUUGAUCCUAUUUCGUACGAGUGGACUGAUGGAAUUGCCGCUGUUAUCUUCAGGAACUUUGCGAACGAUACCAGCCCUGAUCGCAAAUGGCUGAUUUUUGACGGACCUGUGGAUGCUGUAUGGAUUGAAAAUAUGAAUACCGUUCUGGAUGAUAAUAAAAAACUUUGCCUUACUUCAGGAGAGGUAGUGACUAUGAGCAAUGUGAUGUCUAUGAUAUUUGAAGUGAUGGAUUUAGCGCAAGCAUCUCCGGCUACAGUUUCACGAUGCGGUAUGAUUUACAUGGAACCCAUUACUUUGGGUUGGGAGGCAUUUGCUGAAUCUUGGUUGAAUCAAUGCGAUGAACGGUGGUCUAUUGAGUACAGGCCUUUAGUGAUGGAAAUGUUGCGAUGGACAAUACCCAGUGCAGCUCAUUUCAUCCGAAAGAAUUGCAAGCAAUUGCUUCAUCCCGGGGAAUUCAGUGUUUUACGAACUACCUUUGAUAUAUUUGAAAUGUUAAUAUCAGGAGCUAUUGAGGAAAAUCCCGAAGAUUAUGAUAAAUAUUUGACUGCGUGGUUCGAAGCAGCUCUCCUUUAUGCUUUGCUGUGGGGCAUAGGUGGGAUCUUGGAUGAGGAGUCCCGAGAAAAAUUCGAUGUUUUCCAGAAAAGUGUAUGGAACGGACAAAGCAAGGAGGCUCUAAUUCCAGAAAUGGUUGGAGAAAUUGAAAUUUCAAUCCCGUUAGAAGGGAUGCUGGUUGAUUAUGUUUACAUUUUUAUUCAAAAAGGAGCAUGGAAAUAUUGGCCAGAGGUCGUCAGGCGAAUGGAGCCCGAAGAAAGUGCAUUAGGAAUCCAAGUCCCCACCAUUGAUACUGGACGCUACAUGCAUAUACUGGAGUUGCAUAUAAAACAUAAGAAAAAGAUGUUGCUGGUUGGUCCAACUGGUACAGGGAAAAGUUCAUAUAUGCAAAAUAUGCUCAUGAAUACGCUGUCUCCUGAGUUAUAUGUUCCGGCUUUUGUCACAUUUACCGUAAUGAUUACUGCCAAUCAAACACAAAAUUUAUUCAUUUCGAAGCUCAUCAAAAAGAAGCGCGGUAUAUUCGGCUCACCUAAAGGUAAGACGACGGUUAUUUUUGUUGAUGACAUGAACAUGCCAGAGAAAGAAAUCUAUGGAGCUCAACCACCUCUUGAGCUCCUCCGGCAAUAUUUUGACUACAAACACUGGUAUGACCUCAAGGAUACCAGCAAAAUUUACCUAAACGACAUAUUGGUCUUAUGUGCAUGUGGCCUACCCGGCGGAAGCCGUCAGGACGUGUACGCAAGAUUCCUUUGCCAUUUCAACAUCUUCUCCAUUAACACAUUCUCAGAAGAAACUGUCAGCAGGAUCUUCGCCGCAGUUCUGCUCAACGGUUAUCGCAAAGGCGGCCACGCCUCUGAUGUUAUCACUUCAGUGAAUCAAAUUGUUAGUGCAACCCAGCAGGUGUAUAAGUUAAUCAGUAGCGGAUUGAGACCUACACCAGCUAAGUCGCACUACGUGUUCAAUGUUCGAGAUAUAUCCAGAGUUUGUAUUGGAUGUUCGCUAAUGAGGAAGGAAUCCGUGGAGCACAAGAAAAUGUUUGGUAGAGUUUGGUACCAUGAAUGCCUCCGUGUUUUUUAUGACAGGUUAAUAGAUGAGUCUGAUCAGAAGUGGCUUUUCCAAGUUCUGAACGAUGCGAUCAGAGACAACUUUAAGGACAAAGUUGAGUCGGUCUUUGAUAACCGAUUGAAUGAAAACAAACAGAUUACCAUGGAAGCGGUAACUAAGGUGAUCUUCGGAUCAUUCAUGGACGAAGAUUCAGCCGCUGAUGAGAAGCGCUACGAAGAGAUCGACUUUGACGUGUACACAAAUUUCGCUUACAAAAGUUUAGAUGAAUAUAACUCGACGCGUAGAUCAAAGAUGAAUAUUGUAUUAUUCACGUAUGCCUUGCAGCAUCUAAACAAAAUCUGUCGAAUUAUGUCUAUGCAAGGAGGAAGCGCCCUUCUAGUAGGGAUUGGCGGAUCUGGUCGUCAAUCACUGACAAAGCUAGCUGCAUCCAUGUGCGGCGAAGCUCUAUUUCAACCAGAAAUUACAAAGAACUACGGGGUGAAUGACUGGCAUGACGACAUCAAAAAAGUUCUCAAAGAAGCUGGAGGGCUAGGAAAACAUUGCGCGUUUCUUAUGACUGAAAACCAAAUUAAGAUGGAGUUGUUUCUGCAGGACAUCGACUGCUUAUUGAAUCAAGGCGAAGUCCCUAAUAUUUUUGCAAUUGAUGAAAGACAGGAAAUUCUAGAGAUGGUUCGUUUAGCAGCUCAGGGGGGUAAUAGAGCUGUAGAUGUUUCCCCGCUGCAAGUAUUUUCCUUCUUUGUAAGCCGAUGCAAACAGAAACUGCAUAUAAUCCUUUGCUUCAGUCCAAUCGGUUCCGCCCUUCGCUCUCGCAUCAGACUUUAUCCGUCCUUAGUCAACUGUUGUACUAUUGACUGGUUUCAGUUGUGGCCUCAGGACGCUCUUCAAAUGGUGGCAGAGCGAUAUAUGACAAAUAUUCAAGUGCCACCAGAGGUGAAAAAGGCUGCCAUAGUUGCUUGCGAACACUUUCAUGUAACAGCCAACGAAGUAAUUAAGGACUUUUUCGCUCAAACGGGCCGAAUAAUAUAUAUAACAUCUGCAUCUUUCUUGGAGUUAAUUAAGUCAUUUGAAAAUUUAGUAAUGAAGAAGCAAAAGGAAAUUAUGUCCGCAAAAAUGAGAUAUGUUGGUGGUUUGGAAACGCUACAGAAAGCGUCUGCAGCAAUUGAGAUAAUGUCAGUUGAGUUGAGUAACUUACAACCUAAGCUAGAGGUUAUGGCUGAGAAAUCAAGAAAAAUGAUGGUCGAAAUUAAUAGGGAAACUAUUACGGCCGCCGCCGCCGCUGAACAAGUAAAAAAAGACGAAAUUGUAGCCAAUGCUCAAGCUCAAUCUGCUCAGGCCCUGAAAGAUGAGUGUGAAAAAGAUUUGGCUGAAGUCAUGCCAAUUUUAGACGAAGCCUUGGCAGCUCUAGAUACCAUCAAAGCUGCAGAUAUCACCCUACUCAAGUCAAUGACCAACCCCCCUGCCGCUGUUAAGUUGGUUAUGGCUGCAGUAUGUGUGAUGAAAGGAGUAGCACCAGAUAGGGUUGCUGAACCCGGCACUGGAAAGAUGGUCAAUGAUUACUGGGGUCCUAGUAAACGAAUUAUAGCCGAUAUGGGAUUUAUGAACUCUCUGAAAAACUUCGAUAAGGACAACAUUAAACCUGAAAUAAUGGCGAAAAUCCGAAAGGAAUAUAUUCCUCACAAAGACUUUAAACCUAAUGUUGUGGCAAAAGCGUCAAGUGCUGCCGAAGGAAUGUGUAAAUGGAUAAUUGCAAUGGACCUUUAUGAUUCUGCAGCGAAAAUUGUUGCACCCAAAAAGGCGAAAUUAGCUGCAGCAGAGAAAGAGUACUCCGAAACUAUGGAGCUAUUAAAUGAGAAACGAAACUUAGUAAAGACGUUGGCAGAAAAAGUUGCUCGUUUGAAUGCAGACCUUGAGAAGGCCAAUGCUCAGAUGCAGAAGACCGCCGAUGAAGUCGACCUGUGCAAGAACAAAUUAUCUCGCGCUCAAGCUUUGAUUGGGGGCUUGGGUGGAGAGAAGUCUCGCUGGACUCAAGCGGCUCAUAAUUUACAAUCUCUGUAUGAAGAUGUGCCAGGGAAUAUUCUGAUAUGUUGUGGGGUGAUCGCGUACUUGAGCGCCCUUACUGCCCCUUUCAGAAACAGAUGUAUUGAUGACUGGUUCGCAAAAUGUAAGACUCUGAACAUUCCAUGCUCGUCGACGUACAAUUUUGCAGAAGUUUUGGGGUCGGAUAUUACAAUCCAAUCAUGGAAUAUUGCUGGUUUGCCAAGUGAUGCGUUUUCUUCGGAGAAUGCAGUGAUUAUGGAUAAUUCCAGCAGAUAUAGUUUAUUCAUAGAUCCACAGGGUCAAGCAAAUAAAUGGAUCAAGAACAUGGAGAAAGCUAAUCGCCUUCAGGUGGUUAAAUUCUCACAAGGAAACUACAUGAAAAUUAUUGAAAUAUGUAUUGAAAUGGGACAGCCCGCUCUAAUCGAAAACGUCCACGAAGAACUGGAAGUACCUUUGGAUCCAAUUCUCAACCACAACACUUUUAUCCAAGGUGGAAAAGAGUUUAUAAGCUUGGGUGAUAACGUUAUAGAACUAUCUCCGAAAUUCAAAUUGUAUAUGACGAGCAACCUUCGAAAUCCCCACUAUUUGCCAGAAACGUUCAACAAAGUGACAAUUAUCAAUUUCGCCCUCACCCAGAAGGGUUUAGAGGAUCAACUUUUGGGUAUUGUUGUGGCUAAGGAACGUCCAGAGUUACAGGAACUCAGGCAAGUUCUAAUAGCCGAAAACGCUCAAAACAGGGCACUACUUAAAGACGCCGAAGAUAAGAUUUUGGAAACGUUGUCCUCUAGUGAAGGAGAUAUUUUGGAAAAUGAAAAGGCCAUUCAGAUCUUAGACGACUCAAAGGAACUGGCUGCAGACAUUAAAAUUAAACAAGCUACUUCGAAGGAAACCGAAAUCAAAAUCGAGAAUUUCCGACAAAGUUACAGGUCCGUUGCUGCUCACGCAUCAGUUCUCUACUACACAAUAACUGACCUGCCUAACAUAGACCCCAUGUAUCAGUUCUCUCUGAAUUGGUACAUAAAUCUGUAUGUGUACUCUAUAGAGAACGCCAACAAAUCCAAGGAUCUUCAGAGGCGACUUAAAUUUCUCACUGACGCAAUCACUUCGAAUUUAUACAAUAACGUUUGCAGAUCGAUUUUCGAGAAGGAUAAACUCCUUUACUCAUUCAUUCUAACAACGAAGGUCAUGUUAGCCAAUGAACAGAUUCAGCAGAGUGAACUUAUGUACUUACUUUCUGGAGGUACUUCACUGGGUAGCACAGAAAAAAACCCAGACCCUACUUGGAUUACAGACAUUAUGUGGUCCGAUAUUUGUAAAUUGGAUCAGCUACCAAAACUCUCCGAUUUCAUGAGACAAUGUAAGUCGAAUUUACCAACGUGGCGAUACUAUUAUGACUCCAACGAACCCCAUAAAGAAGAUUUACCGGCUCCAUGGGACCAUGAUGCAACUCCUUUUGAGAAAAUUAUAAUCUUGAAAGCUUUUCGCCCUGAUAAAGUAUUUCUCGCGAUAACCGACUUUGUUAGUAGUCAAAUGGGACCCCAGUUUGUCAGUCCUCCACCAUUUGAUAUUGCGAAAUCUUUUGAAGACUCGAAUUUUCUCUCACCGUUAAUCUUCAUUUUGUCACCCGGUGCUGACCCUAUGGGAUCAUUACUUCUAUUCGCCGAGAAAAUGAACUACGAUGAAACCUUCCAGAGUAUAUCGUUGGGCCAGGGGCAAGGACCGAUUGCUCAAAAAAUGAUCGAAGAAGCUCAACAACAAGGAACUUGGGUCUGCUUGCAAAAUUGCCAUUUAGCAGCAUCUUGGAUGCCCAACCUGGAGUACAUUUGGGAGAAUAUGGACAUAUACAACACAGAAUCAAACUUUCGGCUUUGGCUUACAAGUUACCCGAGUGAUAAGUUUCCAGUUUCACUUCUACAAAAUGGAGUUAAAAUGACCAACGAACCGCCGACUGGGUUGCAACAAAAUUUACUGAGGUCAUACAAUUCAGAGCCUAUGAACGAUGAGAAAUUCUAUACAGGAUGCCCUAAUAAGGACCGUGCGUUUACACGCCUUUUAUAUGGGAUUUGCUUUUUCCACGCUGUAGUCCAGGAAAGACGAAAAUUCGGACCCCUUGGCUGGAACAUUCCUUACGGAUUUAAUGAAUCUGAUUUCCAAAUUUCUGUUCAACAAUUGCAGAUGUUCAUGAAUCAAUACGAUGAGAUCCAAUAUGCUGCCAUAUCAUACCUAACCGCUGAGUGUAAUUACGGAGGUCGAGUAACCGACGCAUGGGAUCGGCGAGCAAUUGUUACUAUUUUAGCGGAUUAUGUAAAUGAGAGUGUUGUUAACGAUAGUCGAUACACCUUCGCCCCUGGUGAGGAAUAUGCCUUACCUAGAAAAUCAGAACAUCGAGAAGUUGUUCGUUAUAUUGAAGAGAGCAUACCAGCAAUGCCUUCUCCAGAAGUCUAUGGUUUACAUCCAAAUGCAGGCAUAACGAGGGAUCUACAAACUUCCACGUUACUUCUCGAUUCAAUGAUUCUUACAAUGGGGAAGGUAUCUACAGCCUCGGGAGCGGAUUCAGAAAAAUCUCUUGUUGAGGCACUUAAAAGUAUCGUUGGAAGUCUACCUCCAAGUUUUGAUAUUGAAACAGCGAAAGAAGCUUAUCCGGUCGAUUACAAUGAAUCUAUGAACACUGUCCUGGUGCAGGAGAUGGAGCGAUUCAAUAAGCUACUAGGCGUGGUUCGAAGCUCUUGUACAGAACUUCAAAAUGCCGUGAAGGGUAUCAUUGCAAUGACACCCGACUUAGAGAAUAUCAGUUAUGCAAUCGAACUUAAAAGGAUUCCUAAUAAAUGGAUGUCCAGCUCUUACCCCAGCUUGAAGCCGUUAGGUUCUUAUGUGACUGAUUUUGUGGAUAGGCUACUUUGGCUACAAGAUUGGUUUAAUAGUGGAAAGCCUCCGACGUUCUGGAUUUCUGGAUUCUACUUCACUCAAGCCUUCCUCACAGGCGCAAUGCAAAAUUUCGCUCGAAAGUACAAAAUUCCAAUCGAUACACUAACUUUUGACUUCGAAGUACUUUACGUUAAACGAAUGGAAAGGAUGCCUCCAGAUGGAGUAUACGUCAACGGGUUAUUCCUCGAAGGUGCUAAGUGGAGAGGACGCCUGGAAGAGCAAGACCCCAAAGUUCUCGUUGAAGAGGUUCCGUGUAUUCACUUUAUGCCAAUACUGAUAACAGCGCUGACAGAAGGAGAAAGGUAUAAAUGUCCUUUGUACAAGACUGCUGAGCGCCGAGGAACAUUAUCGACUACCGGUCAUUCAACCAACUACGUCUUGCCAAUACUUCUAGAAACAACUAAGUCAGCUACUCAUUGGGUUAAGCGUAGUGUAGCCCUGAUAUGCCAAACUAGUACUUAGCGUUUUGCUCCUUAUUUUAUUUUUAAUUCAUUGUUUGAUUGUGUCCGGAAUGUAUUGG